AUGGUCCAGAGCGACAUGUCCAAGUCGCCUCCCACAGCGGCGGCGGCGGUGGCGCAGGAGAUCCAGAUGGAGCUGCUGGAGAACGCGGCUCCCGCGGGGGCGCUCGGAGCGGCCGCACAGUCUUAUGGAAAAGGAGCCAGAAGGAAAAACAGAUUUAAAGGAUCCGAUGGGAGCACUUCUUCUGACACUACCUCAAAUAGCUUCGUUCGUCAG